AUGGCGAGGAGGUAUGAAUGUCUGGAACAAGUCAUCGAGGAGCUGCGGCAGCUGGACAAUGUUCAUGUCCAGUCAAUCCUAAAGAAAGCACCAUUGAGUCCGUCCAAUCCGACAGCCACCAAUGCUCAAGAUUCGUCAAUGUCCACAUCAGGCGCACCCGACUCGGUGGAAUCGCGCCUGGCAGUCAAGACUACAGCUAAAUCAGACUACUAUUCGUCAACGUCAGCAGUCGACACUCCAUCGCAGAAAAUCACUUCGACAGCCGCUGGCGGAGAAGACUCUGUAUCGCUCCGUACCCGGAAGGAGUCUUUGAUGAGGGACUCUUUGCAUUGGCAGAGUUUUGAGAAUAUUGCCGUCGAGAUUGCUUCGAUUCAUCUUCAUCUUCCCGCCAAAACGAUCCAGCAACUGCUCCAGACCCACUGGACAUGGGUCCAUCCUGUCUUUAUGUUUGUAUAUCGCCCCUCGUUUAUGAAGAAUUUGGCAACCGGAGGGUCUGACUUCUCACCUUUGCUCUUGAGUGCCGUCUGCGCUCAUUCGACGAGGUUCACAGACCAACAGUUGAGUGGCCAGCUGCUUUCCCGAGCUAGGCUCUUGCUUGGGCAGGAGAUACACAAUGCGCCUACAAUCCAAACGAUCCAAGCACUUUUGCAGCUCAGCGCGCUUGAAAUUGGCAAGGGGAUGACCUCUCAGGCAUGGCUACUGAGCGGCAUGGCGUUUCGAAUGGCGACAGAUAUGGGGGUCUUUGCCUUUCCGUCUCAGCCGCUGGACGUCUCUAUUGCCGCUACUCAGGGGCAGGAGAUGAGGACUCGUCUUGCAUGGAGUUGCUUCCUUUGGGACAAAGCUAUUAGCUUGUAUCUCGGGCGAAUGCCAGCUCUGCCAGAUCCGCCGUUUGUCCAAGCUCAACUUCUCGAUGAUACAGCCGAGACCGAGCCCUGGAUCCCAAUCUUUGACGAUGAGUCGGUGACCAGAUUCUUACCGACCCCGGCCAGCACAAUCUCGUGCUUUACGAACUUUUGCCAACUUGGUGUCAUACUGACCGACAUCAUAAUCAAUGUAUACGGCCGGCAAGCGUCGAAUACGGUGCUAGACUUCAUACAACGGACGAGCGCUCGGUUAUCGAGCUGGCGUGCGGCUACACCAGCCCACCUGAAGGUCACCGAAGACGCCGAGGACGGCCGUUGCCCACCGCCGCACGUACUCUCUCAGAAUCUCCUUUACCAUACUGCACUCAUUCUUCUGCAUCGCCCGUUUCAAUCCUCGGCGGCCUGUAGAACAAUAUGUCGCAGGGCAUCCGAGCAGGUUGAACAACUGUUACUGAGGCUUAAAAAGACCUUUGGGUUUACUCGAGUCACCUAUCUCAUGGCGUAUUGCACAUAUACCGCCGCUACGAUUGCGGUACAGGAUUUGAGAGAAGGUAUUGCCGGCUCAAGCCAGAGAACUCGAACCUACCUUGGUGCACUUGAAGCCGUCAAAUGCUCAUGUCCCGGUAUCCAACGAAGUCUGGACAUCAUCACGGCUAGCAUUGGCUCGUCAUGUAAUCUAGAUAUGUUGGAGGUCGAUCUCCCCGACUCACAUGCAACCCUCGAUUCACAACCCAUGCCGGCUUUCCCAUUCUACGACCAAAAUCUACAUGCUGCGACUAACGUCGACUUUUCGGGACCGGAUUUCAACCCACAGCAUAUAUCAACCCUCGACUCCUUCCCAGAGAACUAUAUCGAUCUGCCGGAAGAAAUUCUCAACCAGUACUUCACCGAUGCAGCUCUGAGUGGAGGCUAG